AAAAAGAGGAGGAGGAGGGUGAGCGAGAAGCUCGGAGAGCAAAGAAAAAGGGGCCACCGGUCGCCCCCCCCCCGCUUCCCCGCACGCGCUCUCUGGCUGCGGCCGCCCGCCUGCCGCGGCUACCCUGGCCCCAUCCCUCUGUCCCCCCCUUCCCCCGUGAACGGAUCAAGGCGCUGAGCGAGGCCCUGCCGGGGCGGCCAUGAGGCGGUGACAGGAGCGCGGCCGAGACGCACGGGCCCCCUCGCCCCCUCACCAGUCGCCACAGCCGAGGCCGCUUCCCCGGCGGCCCGUAGCGCGCGCGCAGCCCACACUCGCUUUCCCUCCGCACUCCCCCGGCCCCGGCGCUGCCUGGAGGCGGCUGCACUCGGGGAUCAUGGCCCAAGUCGCAAUGUCCACGCUGCCGGUGGAAGAUGAGGAGUCCUCGGAGAGCAGGAUGGUGGUGACCUUCCUCAUGUCAGCCCUCGAGUCCAUGUGUAAAGAGCUGGCCAAGUCCAAGGCCGAGGUGGCCUGCAUCGCCGUGUAUGAGACAGAUGUGUUUGUCGUGGGAACUGAAAGAGGACGUGCUUUCGUCAAUACCAGAAAGGAUUUUCAGAAAGAUUUUGUAAAAUACUGUGUGGAGGAGGAGGAGAAAGCUGCCGAGCUGCACAAGGUGAAGUCGGCGAGCCAGGGCAGCCGGCUGAGCGUGGACGCCGUGGAGAUCGAGACCCUCAGGAAAACCGUGGAGGACUACUUCUGCUUUUGCUACGGGAAAGCUUUAGGCAAAUCCACCGUGGUGCCUGUUCCCUACGAGAAGAUGCUGCGAGACCAGUCGGCCGUGGUGGUCCAGGGGCUUCCAGAAGGAGUGGCCUUCAAGCAUCCUGAGAAUUACGAUGUUGCCACCCUGAAGUGGAUCUUGGAGAACAAAGCAGGGAUUUCGUUUAUCAUCAAGAGGCCUUUCCUGGAGCCCAAGAAGCACCUGGGUGGGCGCGUGAUGGUGUCGGAUGCUGAGCGAUCGCUGCUGUCUCCGGGUGGAAGCUGUGGCCCCGUCAAGGUGAAGACUGAGCCCACGGAAGAUUCCGGCAUUUCCCUGGAAAUGGCAGCUGUGACGGUGAAGGAGGAGUCCGAGGACCCUGACUACUAUCAGUAUAACGUGCAAGCAGGCCCUUCUGAAACUGAUGAUGUUGAUGAGAAACUCCCCCUUUCGAAGCCUUUGCAAGGAAGCCAUCACUCCUCCGAGAGCAACGAAGGAACCGAAGUGGAAGUACCAGCAGAAGAUUCUACUCAACAUGUCCCUUCAGAAACAAGUGAGGACCCUGAAGUUGAGGUGACCAUUGAAGAUGAUGAUUACUCUCCACCCGCCAAGAGACCGAAGAGCAGCGAGCCUCCCCCGCCCCCGGCCGUGGAGCCCGCCAACGCUGGGAAGCGGAAAGUGCGGGAGUUCAACUUUGAGAAAUGGAAUGCUCGCAUUACUGAUCUACGUAAACAAGUCGAAGAGUUGUUUGAGAGAAAAUAUGCUCAAGCUAUAAAAGCCAAAGGCCCGGUGACGAUCCCAUACCCUCUUUUCCAGUCUCAUGUUGAAGACCUUUAUGUAGAAGGGCUUCCCGAGGGGAUUCCCUUCAGAAGACCUUCUACAUACGGCAUCCCUCGCCUCGAGAGGAUCCUGCUUGCCAAGGAACGGAUUCGCUUUGUGAUUAAGAAACAUGAACUUUUGAAUUCAACACGUGAAGAUUUACAGCUUGACAAGCCAGCUUCAGGAGUGAAGGAGGAGUGGUAUGCCAGGAUCACCAAGCUCAGAAAGAUGGUGGAUCAGCUUUUCUGCAAAAAAUUUGCCGAGGCCUUGGGCAGCACGGAAGCCAAGGCUGUUCCGUACCAGAAGUUUGAGGCGCACCCCAAUGACCUAUAUGUGGAGGGACUGCCUGAAAACAUUCCCUUCCGAAGCCCUUCAUGGUACGGGAUCCCGCGGCUAGAAAAAAUCAUUCAAGUGGGCAAUCGAAUCAAGUUUGUGAUCAAAAGGCCAGAACUCCUGACUCACACUACCACCGAGGUGACUCAGCCAAGAACAAACACUCCAGUCAAAGAAGAUUGGAAUGUCAGGAUCACCAAGCUGCGGAAGCAAGUGGAGGAGAUUUUCAACUUGAAAUUUGCUCAAGCUCUUGGGCUCACCGAGGCGGUAAAAGUCCCAUACCCUGUGUUUGAGUCCAACCCUGAGUUCCUGUACGUGGAAGGUCUGCCAGAAGGAAUUCCCUUCCGCAGCCCUACCUGGUUUGGAAUUCCACGCCUGGAAAGGAUUGUCCGUGGCAGCAAUAAAAUCAAGUUCGUUGUUAAGAAGCCUGAGCUCGUCGUUUCCUACCUGCCUCCUGGGAUGGCGAGCAAGAUCAACACUAAAGCAUUGCAGUCUCCCAAAAGACCACGAAGCCCCGGAAGCAAUUCAAAGGUCCCUGAAAUUGAGGUCACUGUGGAAGGCCCCAACAACAGCAGUCCUCAGACCUCAGCUGUGCGGACCCCUACCCAGACCAACGGUUCUACUGUCCCUUUCAAGCCUCGAGGGAGAGAGUUUUCCUUCGAGGCCUGGAAUGCCAAAAUCACGGACCUGAAGCAGAAAGUUGAGAAUCUGUUCAAUGAAAAAUGUGGGGAGGCACUGGGCCUGAAGCAGGCGGUGAAGGUGCCCUUUGCAUUGUUCGAGUCCUUCCCGGAAGACUUCUAUGUGGAGGGGUUGCCCGAGGGCGUGCCCUUCCGAAGGCCGUCAACCUUUGGCAUCCCGAGGCUGGAGAAGAUCCUAAGAAACAAAGCCAAGAUUAAGUUCAUCAUUAAGAAGCCUGAGAUGUUUGAGACGGCCAUCAAGGAAAGCACCUCCUCCAAGAGCCCUCCACGAAAAAUAAAUUCAUCACCCAGCGUCAAUACUACUGCCUCGGGCGUUGAAGAUUUGAACAUCAUCCAGGUGACGAUUCCAGAUGAUGAUAACGAGAGACUGUCCAAAGUUGAGAAAGCGAGACAGCUAAGAGAGCAGGUGAAUGACCUCUUCAGUCGAAAGUUUGGUGAGGCCAUCGGCAUGGGCUUCCCCGUGAAAGUGCCCUACCGGAAAAUCACCAUCAACCCCGGCUGCGUGGUGGUGGACGGCAUGCCCCCGGGGGUGUCUUUCAAGGCCCCCAGUUACCUGGAGAUCAGCUCCAUGAGAAGAAUCUUAGAUUCCGCCGAGUUCAUCAAGUUCACAGUCAUUAGACCCUUCCCGGGACUCGUGAUUAAUAACCAGCUGGUUGAUCAGAGUGAGGCAGAAGGCCCAGUGCUGCAAGAGUCCACUGAGCCCAGCCAGUUGGAGGCACCAGCCUCAGAAGAAGUAAAAGAGACGGAUGGGAGCUCUCAGAUCAAGCAGGAACCAGACCCUACGUGGUAGAGCUCCUACUGCUAGGGAGCGGUGGCGGGGUUCGAGAGAAGAACUUCUGGACCGGAGCCUGCCACACCGUGUAAUAUACUUGUAUAACAGAAAUACCUUCUAUACAAGCCUUUUUUUCUACUUUUAGAUAGAAAUGUCUACUUUUUCAGCAGUUCUGUGAAUUGAAUUAAAGAGCAGAGUGACCGUAGGUUGGAAUGGCUGACUGACUGGGGGACGUGGGGCCAGCCGCGGGCCAGCCGCUCUGGCCACAGGAAGCCGCCCGCUGCAGGCGCGUGUCUGCUUCCGAGGUAGUUCACUUCCGGCGUUGUUUACGGAAUCAUUUAACCAACCCCUCGGUUGCGGUUGCCCCUGGCUUCCAUGAAUGGCUGGGAAGCAAAGUCUGUGUAUUUGACCAAGCCUUUCCCAUGCUGGCCAUCAUGUUCUUCCGUGUGUGUCACCAUUCAGAGGUUGGAGAGCAAGCAGGUGGCAGGUGAACUGACUAUGCCAGCCAGAGCCUCCCGCUCAGGGCCCUGCUGUCAGGAGGGCUUCUGUGGGUCCCCCUCUCCAUCCCCCACUCUGCUUGUGGUUUUGAGGGCUUUGUGGGUGGCACCUGUCUCCCACUGGGGCUGGGGUUCCCACCAGGGUGGGAGCCGGGGGCACUGUUGUAGGAGAGUGCCGGCUCCGAGGGUUCCAGGCCGGUGCAGGUGUGUCCCAGCUCUGUGAAAGCUAGAGUAUGUCAUGGCCUAGAGUUUCCAGUAGCUUUAUCACAAUAUUCACAAUGGAGAAUUCUAUUACAUGUUAGCAGAAAUAGGCAUUUUUAUGUGUUGCUUAUAUUUUACCUCAAAUUAAAUUGUAGAUAUAGGGUAAUAAAUAAAACUCCAUCCAUGCCUUUCA